AAGAGAACAUGAAGACCUUCAACCCAUGCAUUUUAGUCUGCCUGGCCGUAGCGGCACACUGUGUCCCGAUAUUGCCACCUAAUGGCAGAGAGCAAGAUGAAGAAAUGGCAGAGAUUUACUUGAGGAGGUUCUACCCGCUGACCGACCAGAAUGAGCCUACCGUCCGCAGCAGUUUCGGCCAGGUGAGCAUGAAGCUGAAAGAGAUGCAGAAGUUCUUCGGCCUCAAGGUAACCGGGAUUCUGGACGCGGAAACUCUGGGGGUGAUGCAGAGGCCCCGCUGUGGGGUCCCCGACGUCCUCAAAUAUUCCACUUCUCCUACCAAGUGGCCAACGAACAAGCUGACCUACAGAAUUGAGAACUACACUCCUGACAUGUCGGUGUCUGAGGUGGACAGUGCCAUAGAGAAAGCCCUGCAGGUCUGGGCACAAGUCACUCCACUGCGCUUCACCCGCAUGUACUCUGGCAUAGCCGACAUCAUGAUCUCCUUCGGUGCCAGAGAACAUGGAGAUUAUUAUCCUUUUGAUGGACCAAAUGGCAUAUUAGCUCAUGCUUUUGACCCUUCCGUUGGCAUUGGAGGUGAUACACAUUUUGAUGAAGAUGAGACCUUCACCUCCGGUUCAAACGGGUACAACCUGUUCCUUAUAGCUGCCCACGAGUUUGGCCAUGCCUUGGGGCUGUCCCACUCUGAUGACCCUGGUGCCCUGAUGUUCCCUACAUACAGCUACAGUGACCCAAAAAGCUUCAUCCUGCCCAUGGAUGAUGUGAAAGGAAUACAGUCUCUCUAUGGCUCAAAAUCUGACGACCGUAUACAUCCCACGACCCCCGAUGCUUGUGAUCCAAACCUGGUCCUGGAUGCUGCCACAAAUCUACGUGGAGAGAUGAUGUUCUUCAAGGAUAGGUUCCUCUGGAGGGUUACUUCUCAGGCCCGCAAGCCCCAGCAAGUGCUAAUUAAAAGCAUCUGGCCCGACAUUCCCAACAAACUUGAUGCCGCCUAUGAGAGCCAAGAAACAGACAUGCUGUACCUCUUCAAAGAUCAGAAGGUGUGGGCCCUCUCUGGCUAUGAACCUGUGAGGGGCUAUCCUAAAAGCAUCAGCAAGAUGGGUCUGCCAAGCACAGUGCAGAAAAUCAGUGCUGCCCUGUACGAUGAAGAAUCCCGCAAAACUUUGUUAUUUGUCGAUGAUUACUACUACAGUUAUGAUGAGGCCAGAAAGAGGAUGGAUGAAGGAUUCCCCAAACGAGUGGAAGAGGGUUUUCCAGGCAUGAGGGGGAAAGUCACUGCUGCCUUUCAAGUCAGAGGGUUUUCAUAUCUCUUGAGUGGAUCAAACAUGUUUGAAUUCAGCUACAGCACCAAGAGACUUUACCGUACAUUGACACACAGCUACUUCCUGCCUUGUUAG